AUGACUCACACAGUCCAGAAAGAGACAGGUUACCCUUUCACUACUGCUCCUCCUGUGGAUCCAUUUGCCAAAAUCAAAGUGGAUGACUGUGGUAAAACUAAGGGAUGCUUUAGAUAUGGGAAACCAGGCUGCAAUGCAGAGACCUGUGACUACUUCCUUAGCUACCGGAUAAUAGGGGCCGAUGUGGAAUUUGAGCUGAGUGCGGACACAGAUGGCUGGGUAGCAGUUGGAUUCUCUUCAGACAGGAAAAUGGGUGGUGACGAUGUCAUGGCCUGCGUCCAUGAUGACAAUGGCCGGGUCCGCAUACAGCACUUCUACAACGUAGGCCAGUGGGCAAAGGAGAUCCAGAGGAAUCCUGCCAGAGAUGAAGAAGGAGUGUAUGAGAACAAUCGAGUCACCUGCAGAUUUAAACGCCCUGUGAAUGUUCCCAGAGAUGAAACUAUUGUCGACCUGCAUUUGAGUUGGUAUUAUCUGUUUGCCUGGGGUCCAGCCAUUCAGGGCUCUAUCACCCGACACGAUAUAGACUCACCACCUACUUCCGAGCGUGUUGUCAGUAUUUACAAGUAUGAAGACAUUUUCAUGCCAUCCGCUGCCUACCAGACCUUCUCCUCUCCGUUUUGUUUGCUACUCAUUGUUGCCCUGACUUUCUACUUAUUGAUGGGAACCCCUUAAUCGCAGCUGCAAAGCCAACACAUUCAAUGGAUUAGAAAGUCUUUAGUAUCUAUAUAUUUUUAAAGAAUAUGUAGUAUAAUUUUAGCUUCUAUUAUUUAAAAAAAAAGACUCAUGCUUUCAGCUUUUUAGAAGAAAAAAACAAACUUCUUUUCUAAUCAAAGAGGAUUGUUUAAUAAUGACCCCAUACUUUUGGAAAAUACUUAAAACUUUUCUAAGUUUUCAUAUUUGAGCUUCACAAUAUCUCUGAGUUGGUUUGAUGAAUAUUAUUAUUGCCUUCUUACUGAAUGGGGUUUGAGACCCAGAAGGCUGCCUUUUUGUGACUUGGUCAGAUAACAGGUAGCAAGGUAGAUAAAGAGCUAGGCAUGGGAUCAUGUCCCUAAAGCACCUCUCCUCUUCCAGCCACAGCUCAGGAGACUUACUUGGAAUAUUACUAAAGAGAACUUCACUGGAUAGACAUAGUUCACAGUCAGCCUUUUAGGCAGAAGAACUUUCAAAUUUCCAUAAAGCUUAAGUGCAUUUGGAUAAUUACACCGCUGAUGGGAAGAGUGGGGGAGAUUACAAUGAUAUGAAAAUGGUUCAUAUUUCUUUGAAAUUUCUUCUCAAUUAGUGAGUAGCUACGAGAAACCAUUUUUUUUUAUUGCUGUUGGAAAGCUUAGAAACAGAGUUGACUGAUCCUGAAGAUGAAAAUUAUGUUAAUGAUAGAAAAUAUGGGCAUUGUUAGCAGUUAGAAUUUGACCACUGUUUUAUAAAUUAAGGUACUCAUCUGUGGUUACAGCCUAUUCUGUUGCCAGAGUAACAUACACUGAGAAUGAUUACCAGUAAACAGUAAUAUAACAGACAAAUCAUCUUAAUAAAAAUUUAAAGCAUUUGGACAAUAACGCAACAUUUUGCAGAUUGUGGAAUUUGGCAUAGAAACUUUUUUAAGAUGAGAUUUUUUUAUUAGAAAACUAGAGGCCCAGUGCAUGAAAUUUGUGCAAGGGGAUUGGCCCUCGAAGCCCCGGCUUCGUCCUGGAGGUCUUCCAGAAGGACGUCUGGUCUAACUAGCAUAUUAUGCUUUUUUAUUAUAGAUGACAAGUGACCCAUAAAGUGAAUUCACCUAGAUCAGUGGUCAGCAAACUGCGGCUCGCGAGCCACAUGCGGCUCUUUGGCCCCUUGAGUGUGGCUCUUC